AGAAGACAUUGCUUACCUAACCUAACAAGUCAUUUUUGAUCAAAUAACAAUACCGCACCAAACAGCUGUAUUGCGCAUAAGUAUAUAAGUACCUCGUAGAAUUGGUUUGGGGCAUUCAAUAACGAAGAUGAGAUUAUAUUAUUGCGCAAGAUUUUCAUUAUAUUCUUAAGACUUAGACUAUAAACAGCAAGUGACAAAUAAAGGAUCUUAUACUAACAGAUAAGCUAUCCAAAAUGUUUCGGAAUUCACAUACUCUGGUUAAAUUUUAUUGGAAACAUCAGUUAAACAAUCAUUUUAGAUCCAGCUCAAGCAUUUUUACAAGAUGUGGUUCAUCAUUUCAUCAAGACAGGAACUCUGAAAAUAAAAGAUACUCUGUUUAUUCUGCUCUGUCUCUAUCUUUUGUAGGAGCACUUUCUUAUUAUCUAUACAAAGAUGAAAUAAAAAAUUAUCUGAUUGAAAAUCAUCAAGUUCAAGCUCUGAGGAAAGAAGCAGUACAGGAAGAAAUUUCCUGUGGAAUCAGGCGAAAGGACCUUCCAACAUACUCAUCCGAAGAGGUCAGCCAGCAUGACAAUCCUAACAAUGGCAUCUGGGUUUCUUACAAAGAAGGUGUUUACAAUAUCACAGAUUUUGUUACAAAGCAUCCUGGUGGUCAGAAUAAAAUUAUGAUGGCAGCUGGUGGUUCCAUAGAUCCAUUUUGGAUGGUGUUUGCCAAUCAUAAUAAAUCAGAAAUCUUAGAACUUCUAGAAUCAAUGAGAAUUGGUAACCUAAGGAGUGAAGAUGUGUAUAAAAAGACUGCUGAUACGUUUGAUCCAUAUGCUCUAGAACCAGUUCGAAGCAAGAUACUCAAAGUUAAUGGCAAACAGCCUUUCUGUGCUGAACCUCCACCACCGCUGCUGGUGAAAAAUUUCAAAACUCCAAAAGAUGUGUUUUAUGUGAGAAACCAUCUACCUGUGCCUAUAAUUGAUAUUGAAAAUUAUGAGCUUGAAUUAGCCGUUGAGGAUGACACCAUAAAAACUUUAACACUCGAGGAUAUUAAAAAAUAUCCAAAGUACACAGUUACAAGUGCUAUUAUGUGUGGGGGAAAUAGGAGAUCAGAGAUGGCAGAUGCCAAACCUUUAAGAGGAUUGAGUUGGAGUGUUGGGGCUAUUGGCAAUGCUAGUUGGUCUGGUGCACGUUUAUGUGAUGUCCUAAAUGGAUUAGGUGUCAAGGAGGAAGAUUACAAUCAUGUUCAAUUUGAGGGAAUGGACUUAGAUCCAUCAGGAAUACCUUACGGAGCAAGUAUACCAAUCAGUAAAGCCUUUGAUCCCAGGGCUGAUGUUCUGCUGGCCUAUGAAAUGAAUGAAGAAGAGAUUUCUUUGGAUCAUGGCUAUCCUAUAAGAGUCAUAGUUCCAGGAGUUGUAGGUGCUAGAAAUGUCAAAUGGUGUAAUAAAAUUAUCUUUUCAAAAGAUGAGAGUCCCUCUCAGUUUCAACAGAACGAUUAUAAGGGCUUCUCACCCAGUAUUGAUUGGGAUAAUGUAGAUUUCAAAACAGCUCCUGCAAUCCAGGAAUUGCCUGUUACUUCAGCUAUCUGUAUUCCCCAAAGAGGUGAACGGAUAACUGUUGACAAGAAUGGCACAAUACCAGUCAAAGGCUAUGCAUGGUCUGGAAGUGGUAAAAAAAUCAUCAGAGUAGAUGUCACAGUUGAUCAAGGAGAAACAUGGCACAUUGCUAAGCUUGUAGCUCAAGAUCCUGAUGCAAAGGAAGGUAGACAUUAUGCCUGGACUCUUUGGAGCCUUGAUUUACCUGUUGAUAAAACAAAAGGUUCUGUGGAAAUCUGGGUAAAAGCUGUGGACUCAGCUUACAAUACUCAGCCAGAGAGUUUUAAAAAUAUUUGGAACUUGAGAGGCUUUCUCUGCAAUGCUUAUCACAGAGUGAAAGUUGAUCUUGUUUGAAGUAUUUUGUUUGAAGUAAUUAUCUUAUCUUGGUGAUAGGAAAAAUUACCGAGAUAAUUUUUGAUAAUGAUGUUAUUAUUUUGAAUGGUUUUUAAUGUUAUAUUUUUACCAAGACUUAGAUAAAAUUACGGUGGUCGCGUUCAUUGUGAUUUAUUCGUAUUAGGUAUAGCAAUAGUUUUGGGCUAAAUAAGUGAAAGAUGUAAACUCUUAACAGAUAUAGAUAUGUACUAUGAUAAGUCUUAAAGGAAAAACUGAAAUCUUGGUGCUAUGUUAUAUUAGCGAUAUGUGAUAAAAUCUUAAAUAUCAAGACUGCACUUUAGAAUACUUUAUAUAAAAUUUGUAAAUAUAUCGCGUGAGAAAUGUACAAUUUUUAAAAUACUUUAUACAACAAAUACUCUGUCAAUUAUUAAUUAAUUUUUUUGAAAGAAUGGUCUCUAAGAAAUAUUGAUGUGAGAUUGCUUACUUGUUUACAAACACCAAAUUUGUGGAAUUGUUAAGGUUUUAAAAUUUUUUUAGUUUUUAUAUAAACCUAAGACAAUGUUAUUAUUUUA